AUGGCUAGUUUCAACCGCAUUUUGCUGUGGUUUGUUUUAGUUGUUCAUCAACUAAGCUUUUAUCUCUUACUGCAAGUGGAUGGCACAGUUAUUAAUAUUUAUUCAUGGACAACGCCGAACACAGUUCUGGCCAAUUUAAGUAGACCUGGUUGGACGAAUCAUGUUUUACUCUCACCGGAGCACGAUGAACCGAGCGCGCUUCAGACUUUCUCUGUUGAUUCAAGCAGCGGUUUAGUGCGUAUGAUUCGCAAACCAGACUGCAACACUCUUCGGCAUAAUCCGUUUACAGUUUUUGUAGAAUCAACAUCUAUAUUUAAUUCAUCCGAACGGACUUUAAGACCCAUGAGUGUCACUGUUUUUGGAGAAAAGUGUUUUCUAAACUUUCGUAGAACAGUGAAAUCUACAUCUCCUGUAGGAACACGCGUGUUUAGCCUUGGACGCAUUUUUACUUACUGUGAAAGACUUUUUAUUGAUCCUGCUUCCUUGAAACUACGAAAUAAUCCCGAGAGGAGAUUUUUCAGAUUUGGCACCAAAUCGGAUUAUUUAGUUCUUCGAAAAUCUUUACUUGAAGUUAAAGAAAAUGUUUUAAAGGUCGAUAUCGUAUCUGAAUUUCCGGCGAGCAAGUAUGGAGGCAGAAACAAACAAACCAUUAUUGCGCGAAUCGAAUUCUUUGUUGAUGAUAGCAAGGCUAAUUUUUUCAACAAAGUGCGGCGAUUUCGCCGGGCGAUCCAGUUCUCUCCUCCACGAUUUUCCAACACGGAUUUAACAGCUCCGGUUAGCGAGGAUGCUCGCGUUGGAACAACUGUUACAACCAUCCAGGCUCAAGAUACGAACAAUGGAUAUGCUGGGAAAAUUACUUACAGAAUGGAAGCUAAUCAAAAUCUUCUCAGUCAAACAUUCUUCUCUAUCAAUUCUGAUACCGGACUCAUAAAGACCGUAAAGUCGUUGGACCGCGAGAGUAUGUCUGAGCACUCUUUUGAUGUUUAUGCAGAAUAUGAAGAGCACAGGUCAUUAUAUGCCAAAGCAUAUCUAAGAAUUGUAGUGGGUGAUAUUAAUGACAAUGCCCCUAAAUUUGAAUCCCCAUCUUACAGUGAGGUUAUACCAGAGAAUGUCAAUGUUGGUUAUGUUGUGACUGAUGUAAGAGCUGAAGACAAAGAUGAGGGAAAAAAUGCUGACAUCCGUUAUGCUAUCACUAACUGGGUUGGAGUUAAUCGAGUGUUCAAAAUUCAUGAAAGUAGUGGGACUAUCUUUGUUGAUCAUCCACUUGAUCGUGAAACUGUCCCACAGUACUCACUAACAAUCCAGGCCAGCGAUCAAGGUUCCCCACCCAAAACUGACCAAACAACUGUGCGGAUAACAGUCACUGAUGUCAAUGACUGUGCACCCCAGUUUUCAAAAAAAGAAUACAGGAAAGAAAUACGGGAAGAUAUCAAACCUGGUAAUCUAGUUCUGACAAUAAAUGCAACUGACAAGGACACUGGUAGCAAUGGAGAGGUGGAGUAUAGCUUCACUAGUGGAAAUGACCAAGGACUGUUUUCCAUUAACCGUCUUAAUGGACAGAUCAAAGUAAUCAAGUCUCUUGAUUAUGAGUACACUCCAGUUCAUACACUUUUUGUGAUGGCCCAGGAUAAGGGAGAAACCCCACAAUACAAUGAAACAUCGGUGGAGAUAGAACUGAUCGAUGUCAACGACAAUGCUCCACAAUUCCCUAGUGCCGAUUUUCAAGAAACUGUCUCUGAGCGUGAAAAUGUGCAACACACUUUCACAAGACUACAGGCCUUUGAUGAUGAUCAGGGCAUCAAUCAGCAGAUAGUUUACAGUUUGGUUGGAAUGAAUUUACCAUUUGGGAUAAACAGCCAAACUGGAGAUUUGUUUCUCACUAAGAAAUUAGAUCGAGAAACGCAAGAUCGAUAUGAGUUUCGCAUCAAAGCGCAAGACAGAGGGACGCCACCUAAGAGUAGCCUAGCAAGUGUGACAAUUACUGUCGGUGAUGUCAAUGACAAUCCCCCUAAGUUUUCACAACCAGUUUAUGAAGGAUCAGUGGAGGAGAAUGCCAAAUUGGGGAGGACCAUUCUUCAAGUGACUGCAACUGACCCAGAUCUUACUCAGCGGGAUCCAACAUACAGACUUGAUCCCCAUCAACCACGGUGUUUUCGAAUUUCUAGUCGUGGAGUGAUAACAUUAAUCUGUCGCCUGGACUACAGCAAGAAAAAAUUCUUUCUUCUGACCGUAAAAGCCAGGGAUAAUCUUUUAGAAAGCUCUGCUAUUGUGCGCAUCAAUAUAACAGACUCAAAUACACACCCACCAAUUUUUAAGCAGCGCAUUUACCAGAAACCGAUAAGUGAAGCCACUGCCAAAGGUGUAAGGGUACUCUUUGUAAAAGCAACAGAUGAUGACCAAGGAUUGAAUGCUAAGAUCACUUAUGCUUUCGAACGACCUCAGCGAGAUUUUAACAUUAAUCCUGACACUGGUGAAAUAACUGUUGCAAACUCCUUGGAUCGGGAAUCAACUCCUCAGUACAGAUUUGAUGUAAGUGCAACUGAUCACGGAAAUCCACGAUUAAAAGGAACUGCUAAUGUGCAUAUUACAGUGACAGAUGUGAAUGAUAACGAACCUCGAUUCCUGCAGUCAAACUACGGAAAAGAAAUUAAAGAGGAUGUCAGACCAGGUACAAAGGUACUGGUGGUUUCUGCUGUGGAUGAUGACGAUGGCUCCAAUAAAGCUAUCAUAUAUUCAUUUGCAAGAAAUGGUAAGUGUAAUGCUUAGUUUAACAUCUGAGUUAGACUUGAAAGGUAGACAUUACAGCAUGAGUACGGUAUGUGUAGAAUUCAGUGUAAUCAAGGAAUGCAUGUUCAAAUGGGGUAUUGUUAACCCUUUAAGUCCCAAUAUCCACACACAAAUUCUCCAAACUGGUCUCCAUACAUUUCCUUCAAGAAUUAUUCGAGAGAAUUUGUUAAAAGAUCAAAUAUUUUUCUCUUUGUGAUCAUUUUGUUAAUUCUCAUAGACUUUGCUUAUGACAGUCUAUGGAUAUUGUUAGGAGAAAAUUGAUCUUGAGCACUAUUGGGACUUAAAGGGUUAACUCUUUUGGUUUCAAGAGUGUUCAAAACCAAUUUUUUCCUAUUCAAGAGAAAUGGUUAUGUGAAUAAACAAAACAACCACUGAAGGGAAAAUACUUUAAUCUGAUUUGAUUUGAACAAAUUCUCUCACUUAAUUAUUUAAGGAAAAGUAUAGAGGUCACUAGAGGAGAAUGCAAUUAUAUGAUAAGAACUGGACACUAAGUUCUAAAUGCCCAAUAGGAGCCUGGUUCUAGUUUAUCGGACCACGUUGUGCUUGUUUUAUGUUCUCAUCAUAAAUAGGAAUUCAUCCAUUUCACAGACACGCAUGUUUAAUUCAAACGGCUAUUCUUGCUAAAGAAUGAUGAGAGUUAACAUAGAAAGAGAGCAACAUGGUCCGAUAAACUAGUACCAGGCUCCUAUUGGGCAUAUAGAAAUUAGUGUCCAGUCCUUAUCGCAUUACUGCAUUGUUCUCUAGUCAGUGUAGAGAAUUUGUAUGUGGAUAUUGGGGCUAAAAGCAAGAGGGUUCUGUAGCAGCACCCAGUGGCCUCUGGCACCUAAGUUUAGCUUCCAGGAGGAAGAAUUCGUAUGCUGGGAACCCUGGAUUUCACAGGUUCAGAGCACGGGGCUCCCCCCUCUUUUUCUCACAACACAACCUUGCUUAAAGUUUUGAAGGUAGGAGUGUGCCCAUUACCUGUAUGAAUGCUUUUACCAUAUAAGAAGUGGGUUGCAGUUAAUACUGUACAAGGAGAUGAACUUUGAGCGCAAUUUGUGGAGAUUUAAUUCACUUAUACCUUCUUUAAACUGGCGUCUUAUAAAAGUGCUCUUUCGGUCUCCUCUUUUAGGUGAUGGUGGAGGUGCUUUUCAGAUUGAUAGCACUCAAGGAGUCAUCAGAACUUUACUAAGGCUUGAUCGGGAAACCAUCCCCGUGUAUCAACUGACUGUAGUUGCUGCUGAUAAGGGACGCCCUUCGUUGAGCUCGUCAGUGAAAGUUAAAAUCACAUUGAAAGAUGUGCGCGACAGCCCCCCAAAAUUUACAAAAGACCCUUACAUUGUGUUCAAAAGAGAGGACAUCAAGGAACGUUCUGAUGUGGUUAAAGUCGAAGCUGUGUCGCAAGAUGAUGUUUCUCAAACAGAAGGAUAUCCCAUUGUGUACAGCAUUAUCUCUGGCAAUGACCCUCUGACAUUUAUCAUUCAAAGGAAUGGAAUGAUUCAGACCAAAACUAAAUUGGACUAUGAAAAAAAAUCUGAGUACAUCCUUAAAGUUCGUGCCACAUCAUCGCCAUACUUUGUGGAAACAAUAGUGAAUGUUACAUUGGUUGACGUCAAUGAUAACCCUCCAGUACUUCAGAAUUUCGUUAUGGUUAUUAACAUUAUCGGAGACAAGUUCCCGAAACAACCCUACUUCAAAAUACCAGCCUACGAUCCUGAUGUCUCUGACCAUCUCACUUACGAAAGUACACAUAUUGAACAAGGUGCCUGGGUGGCCCUCAACAGAUCAACUGGAGAGCUACGUGUUAGUCCUACCUCACUGAACACUGGAAAAACCAUCAAUGUUGUUAAACUAAAAGUGAAGGUUUCUGAUUCUGGAUCCAACACUGCGACAGCAAGUGGGCAAGUCAUUGUGACAUCUGUUAUACCAGAGAUGUUAAAGAAAAGCUUGACGCUUGACAUUUAUGGCGAAACUAUUCAGGAAUUUUUUCAUUCUUCUUAUGUGCGACUGGUAAAAGCAAUAGCUAAUGUUAUUUCCUGUGACCCUGACCAGCUUAAGUUUUUUCACAUCACUUCCAAAUUGUUAAAAGCGAAAAGACCAAGGGAAGAUGAUAUUUCACAACUGAAGGUCUGGUUUGCUGUUUAUAAACUUGACAGCAUCCGCAACCGAGUUAGCUUUUACGACCCUGGGUAUGUAAGGGAUUUAAUCUUUAUCAACAUGAUGCAGAUUUCAGAGGAAGCAAAGCUCAAGCUACUACCCUUUGAAGAUAAUCUUUGUGUGAAAGAGGUCUGUAAUGGUGCAUUGGUGACAUCCAGGGUAGCUUGUAUGGCAUACACAAACUACACUGGUGAAUCCAACACUUACAGUUCAACAACAGUGGUUUUUCGAACAGUUGGUGUGCAAGAAAAAUACAGAUGUGCCUGUGCUCCAUACUACCGUAGUCGAGACUGUGAUAAGGUUUUAAAUCUUUGCUACUCAAAUCCUUGUCAAGACCAGGGGAAAUGUGUGAGUGUGGAAGGAAACUACUCAUGUAUUUGUAAUCCUGGAAGAACUGGCAGAAACUGUGAAAUUCAGAUUUCAAAAAGUAAAUGUCCCAGUGACUCAAAAACUUUUGAGAAUAAUCUUAAGUUAAACCCAUGUAGGAAUGGUGGCAAUUGCAAGGAUAGUUCAUCUGGCGGUUUUUCAUGUGUUUGUCGCAAGGAGUAUCCACAAGAUGGAAAAUUUUGUGAGUUGACUACACGUAGUUUCAAGAAGGGAACUUAUGUUGCAUUUCCAGGCAAGUAUCUUCAUAUUUUGGAUAAUAUUAACCCUUUGUUGCGAUUUGUUUCCCUCAAAUAGAAAAUCAUUUUCAUGUUACACUGUAUGUGUUGUUACCAGGGAGAAGAGGGGGGGGGGCUCCCAUAUAAUAGUGCAGUGCAGAGGUGCUGAGUUUUCAAAGAAAAAUUAUGAAUUUGACCAUAACAGAACACAAAAAUCAGCAAUACCAUGAAUGUGCUUUGGCAUGUCAAUACAGUGUAAGACAAAUUUCUUUGGAAAUAAAUUCCGUCAGUGUUCCUGACAUGGUUGAUCAAAUGUUUCUCCCCAGCUUUAAAACAAAGAUGGCUUCUACACAUCAAACUGGAGUUUACCACUACGGAACACAGUGGUUUACUUCUAUAUAAUGGUCGCUAUGAUGGCAAACAUGACUUCAUUGCUGUGCUGGUGAUCAAAGGACAAGUGCAAUUGAGGUUUUCUGUCUUCUCUCAAACUAUCGCCGUCACGUCAAAUAUCAAUAGUGGGGUGGCAGAUGGCAAGUGGCAUAAGGUUGAAGUAUCUUUUCUGAACAGGGUAUGGAAGUUUUUAUUGCUUUUAGUUUUAAAAUAACAUGGUUUUACACAUUUUUGUAUAGACAGCCCUCUACAACCCAAAGACACCAGAAAUUCUGUUUUAAGGGGACACUUGGGAAAGCCACUUUGGUGCCAGUAUUUAAGGAAAUUUGAUUGAAUUAAGACUGAGUUCUACAAAUGCAGCACAUUUCGAUCAAGUUGGCUGUUUCAAAACUUUUACUUAGUCACCGUAUUAUAUCCCAUUUUGUUCAGGUGACCAGUUAUGUGAUACUGUUAUCUUUGUGGUGUUUAACCCAGCGAAGCCUUUCAUUUUAGGUAGGGCAGAAAAAUGUUACAGUCUCCCAUAUGUCUGAUUCAUUUAUUUGUUGUUUUUCCAAAAACCAAAUAAAAUUAAAUUAAAUAAUUGACAUGGAUUUUUAAAAUAGGAUAUUAUUGUAAUGUGAUCAUACAUUUUAUUGCGCAUGCAUGUACAUUGUACAUAUUGCAAGAGAAUAGGUACUAGCGUUUCAUAUCUCACUGAUAAUUUUUGUACUCAAAUUGUUUUCAGUAAUUGUUGAACAUGGCUUCUCUUAAGUGACAAAUUAUUCUUAGCAUCAGUAGUAGUUAAGGACACUUUUUUCUUAAGUAUUAUUUGCAUGUCUAGACCUUUCCAUCUGAUAUUUUCCAAAAGUGCAUGCCUACAAUUAUUUAUGCAUAUUGUUUAUUUUAUUAAUUGGUUGAAAUAAAAUAUUUUAACUUGUGGUUGUUAGCCACUGUUGCUUAACUCAAGUACUGCGGAAAUUCUUUACAAACAUUAGCCAGUAGCAGUAAGGCUUAUCUCCAUUGGUUUUGUGAUAAAAUAAUAUUAUCUAUGCACAUAUGGCCAGUUCAGAGGUUAUCAUGCGUGAGGCAGUGUUUGUUUUCAUUUGAACAUGUUAUGUUAUUCUUGUUUUAAAGCAUGGUUAUUUUGCAUGGCUGUGUGUACAGAUUAUCUCUUAACUGCCCCUGAAUCUAAACAGUUUCUUGAGUCUAUGCAUUCUUUGGCUAUUGACAUGAUUUCUUAAGGGGCCAUUAGCUUAAAGCAAAAUAUUAGUAAAAGCAAACAGAUGGUGGUAAUAGCUAUGUGGUCUCGUUUAUAAUAUUAUUAGAGUGGUUUGUUUAGGAUUAUUAAAAAGUGGGCUUAGAUGUUGGCUUGAUAAGAUAUCAAUGCAAUUUUGCAGAAUUCCUUUUGAAUGACCUGUAAUCCUUUAAGCUCUAUGACCCAACAGCAUCUUAUUUCUCUCUUAAACAUCACUGCAUGCAUAAUCAACCUUGAAAGUCAUCAAAGUAAACGGAAUAAUUACUGCUCUGUAUGCGAUUCAAUGGAUGUUAGACGUUGAAAUUAUAAUAAGGUUGGGGAGUUAAUGGGGAAGAUGUUUUCGCUGAGACAAUGGCCGGAUGGUGUUUGAACCCAUCAGGGGCACCCAUCGAGAAUAUACUUUCAAAACCACUUAAACAUAGCAUUGUUGAACGUAUUUUAGUAUUUAAAAGGUAGAUAUAAGCAUAUUUUUAUCCCCUAAAAAUUUUUCAUCUGUUCGAAUUUCCUAGCCGAACGUCCAGUGAUCCGAAAAGUACAGGGAUCAAAACUUACCUUUUGGAAAAUUUCAGCUAGUAUAAAGGCUCCCGAAAAUUCUAGGUGACCCUUUUAGUGUAAAAAUCUGUUUAAAAUGGGCAAUUAUACCAUUUUUUAGAUGUUCGAAAAUCCUAGGAGAGGCAAGGAAGCAAGAAAUUUUACAACAAAUGUUCCGAAAAUUCUAGAUCUUAAAUCUUCUUCCGAACAGAUAUUUUCUGAAAAUUGACAUUGGUUGCCCCUGACCCGUGGGACCUACAAUACCGGUGGGGUACCCUAACAACUAAAUUACACAGGGAGUCAUGGUGAGCUGCAUUAUAUGAUGGUCUUGUACGUGUGCUUCGAGCGCUGGCUGGUUUCCCUAUGUUAGGGCUGGGUUGGUAAGGACACUACCAUAAUUAUGUGGGCACUUAUGCUGUAUGUGUCAUUGUGAUCGUAAAAGGUGGGGUUUUUAAUUAGUUUAUUCUGGGAUGGGGUGUUAAAACUAGUUCAAUUUUGGAAGCAAGGACCAACUUACAAAAAAGGAUCAGAUCCUAAUAAAGGAUCUUAUCAGCUAUAAGUGGAAAUAUUGAACAAAAGAAGCUGUAAGAGCCUGAAGAAGGAAGGCCCUGCCUACCGAAAUGUUGGUAACAAAAAACUAUAUAUUCCCGACUGUAAAAUCAACCUUACGUCUUUUGUAAAAACUAGAGAUGUUUGGCUUGUACAAAAUUGAUCCAUGGUAUGAAGAAACGGGAGUUUCUGGUUCACAGUUAGUGGAAUAGCGUAAUAGGGCAGGAAUUAUUGAUGCAUAGUCUAGAAUUGCAGGUGAAUAUGGACUUGAAUUUCCAGCCCCCCCAGCUGUGCAAACAACUUCACCCUAACAUUUCUAGAGUAGCGCUUCCCCCCCUCCUCCUCUCCCCUGGUGGUUGGUUCCUUGGACGGCAUGAAUCGUCAUUAUUCAAAGAAUAAACAUGGGCUAUCCACAAAAUUCAGAAAGAUGCGGCCGGGACACCUGCUAGUUAUAUAGAAACUAUUAUUUAUACAACUGAGAAUUCUUUUAAAAAAGAAGUACAAAAUUUCGCCGAAGAAAGGGUGGCGGCGGUCCUCUCGGCCGAUCCGCCUAAAUGCGCCCAUUUUUUCAUAAAACUAACUAAGAUGAUUUUGUUUUCUCCAGACUGGAAUUAUUAUUGUGGAUGACUGUAAACUUGCCGUAGCUGUGAAGUUUGGUACAAGAGUAGGAUCGUUUUCUUGUGCGGCUGCGCAGAGAGUGGAUCCCAAAGUUGAGGCAGAUAACUACAAGUAUGUAGAAACGAUGGUAUCCAAGGCAACCAUUAACCAAUCACAAAUAAUGUGUGUCCACACAAAUGGUAUAAUUUUGAAGUUUCAACAAAGUUUUGGAUAGUCUCGUUCUUUUGUCUAAAUGGUGACAAGAAAACGGCUUAAAUAAGCAGCUUAUUACGGCGUUCUGUUGGCGAAACGUAUGGGUCAGUUUUAAAAAACUUAAAAUAUCUCGUAAACUAAAUACAAUUUUACAAAGUACUGCAGUGCUAGAUGUCGGUUACGGAAUCAUCUCUAGGUUGGCAUUACUUCCGGGAAAAGAUGACUAAGUAACCUCAUUCCCAGGAUUCUCUCCUACCCCCCCCCCCCUACGGAGCGAGUGGCGAGUGGGCGGGUAGGAGAGUACUCUGGGAACGAGGUUGAUGACUAAGUAAUCACUAACUUUUGAUGUUCACGUACAUAGUUUACAACUUUCAUAGCCUUGGAGAAUAAUAAUGGGGGAUAUAUUACAUUUAAUUUGUUAACGCGUCGUUUCAAGGUUUUAUAACUUGUGAGCCUUAUUUUUGACGAUCGUUGUUUGAAGGUCGUUGGAUCUUACUGGCCCAUUAUUGCUCGGUGGUUCUCUUCCACUACCAACAAACUUUCCUGUCCCAUACAAACAUUUCACUGGCUGCAUCGCAAAUGUCGCCAUUGAUCACGUAUUCCUCGACCUAAGUCGCCCAAUGUAUGUUAAUGGAACCACAGCAGGAUGCCCUGGGAUGCAAAGAGAUUACUGCACAAAUAGACCGUGUCAGCGAGGAAACUGCUCCAGCAUUUUGAAAUCACAUCGGUGUGAUUGUCCGUCUGGCUAUGGCGGUCGCUCUUGUCAAACAGGUAUUUCUUUAGUUUUUUGGCUAUUCACUCGUUUCACAUAGACCAUAAUGUACCCUGUUUACCCCCCUCUCCCCCGCCCGAAUUUUGCACAACCAUUGUCUUCUAUUUCUCUGUGAUACCCAGAAGAAUUGAAAGCAAUGGUUAUGCAAUAUUUUGGGGGGUAAACAAGGUGCAUUAUGGUCUAUGUGAUUAUAGAUCGCACGAGGGUAACACGAGGAGGGGAGAAGAGGCCUUCUCUCCUUCCUCCCCUCGUGCGCGCGUGCGUCCUCGAAAUUUCUCCCUUCGCCCUAGAAAAGAACAAGCGCCCGCUACGCAGGCUAGUAUUUGUUACGAUGUAAGGUAAACCAAAAUGCCGGGCAAAGGAAAUGUAUGGAGAUAAGUCUAGAAAGGUUAAGAGUGAAGGGUGUGUUUUCAAUUCUUUCCUCAUCGUUCUCUGUCCUAAAAAGUAUUUUUUAUUUAUACUCAACAUAACCCUAGUAGUUCUCCUGUCAUACGUGCAUGUUUCUAAUAAAUUGGUUAAUAAUUUUAUCUUUUUUCGUAGCUGUGAAGUAUACCCAGCGUUUUCUAAGUCAGAGCUAUAUACGGAUGAUUUUCACUUCAAAGGUCAAUCUACCGUGGAAAUUCUCUCUCCGGUUUAGAACGGCAGUACCUUCUGGGACCUUGGUGGAAACUUCUUUUAAAUCUUCUGUUUCAUCCUUACUUGAGGUGAGUAGCGAAUUAGGCCGAAAAAAGGAAGCAGGAAAAAAACUUGUCGGACAUUUUGAUUUAAAUCAUUAGCUUCGCCGAAAUGUGCGGUAUGCCGUAAUUCUACAGCAUUUGCGUCAUAUUACUGUGGGCUCGGAUAGUGCGUUCGCUUUACAUAUGCGAUGAUAUGUACCGGAACCGUGCCCGAAUUCUAGAGUGGGUACUCGAAAAAAAGGUGUGUUUACAUUAGUGCCCAGCGAGUAUCGUACUCGGGCACUGACCCCGGGCACCAAGUGUGAACGCACCCUCAGGGUCUCAAAUAUCUGAGAAAUGAGGGUAUUCCGUUUACACUGCAAGCAGGUAGACCUUCAGCUGGCUCGGAUGACCACGUCGUAAAAUGGCGGCCCCCCGUUUCCAGCUGGAGACGUAAAAAUAGUGUCCUCAAUUAGCACCGGGAUUUCUCUUACUUCGGGCUCGGGAUUCGGGAUUCUAAAGCAAAAUCGGGGCGAGAUUCGGGAUUGGAAGUUUGCACGGGAGAUGCGAUGCCAAAACCAACCCUCGGGAUUACAGGAUUGAAAAACCCUACCUCGUGGCUCAUUAUGUCAUUCUAUUUUCUCUCUCUGAUGUAGGUGGUGAAUGGAAAACUGUCUUACAACUACAACGAGCUUUUAGUUCUUCAGGUUCCCCACGUAGCGGUCAACGAUACCAAAUGGCAUCAUGUAGAAAUCCUAUGGACGUACAAUUCACUUCUCAUUACCGUUGAUUACAUCUAUCAAGUUUCGGCACAAACUUCGUAUGGUGCAGACCUAGGGGAGGUUGAACAGUUUUUCAUUGGAGCGAGGAAGAAUUCUACCAAAUCCGCAGUUUAUGGUGGAUUUAGAGGCUGUAUGCAAGGUCUGUGUUUGGAGGAUAGAAAGACAAAGAAUUACGGUCGUUUCGCUGUAUAAUGAAGUCGUUUCGCUAUAUAAUGGAGUCGUUUCGCUGUAUAAUGGAGUCGUUUCGCUAUAUAAUGGAGUCGUUUCGCUGUAUAAUUGAGUCGUUUCGCUGCAUAAUGGAGUCGUUUCGCGGCAUCAUAAAGUCAAUUCGCUAGAACCAACUUUUUUUAUUAAACAGUUUACAACAAUUUAGUAUAGAUUGAACUACAAGCGGGCAAUACCGGGUUAAGUUAGCAAAACGGCACUGCAACUUUGCACCGAAUCGACUUCUUUAGUUGGCCCAACCUUUCAUGUUUCAUCCAUGUUCCUUCUUGCCAUCCUUUGCAACAGGCGACGGGAAACAAUUUCAUUGCCAAAAUAUAUCCUUAAAUAACUGGACCACUAGUUUUGGAAUUCAAUUGAUGCAAAAACGUCAUUGCUUUUUUAAAAAGAUAGCAAGUAGCAUGACAUGAGUGAGUCCUUUAACUCUAGUCCUAGGCUAACUGCUUGAAUGGAUUCUGACUACUGCUGUUCUUAUCUCCUCAGGGGUUUCUGUAGGGACGACAGAGAUCAACAUCAAUCAAGGCCAGGGCCACAAUAUAGCUUCUGGCUGUGAAAGCCAAAUGCCAACCCACUGCUCUUCAAAUCCGUGUCCUUCCUACAGCACGUGCAAGGAUACAUUCGAUUCAUACGAGUGUGUGUGUCCGUCAGGGUAUGUUGGCAGGCACUGUGUGGAUGUAUGUUCUCUGACGCCAUGUCGCCAUGGGCAGUGCAUAAGGAUUGGUUCAGGAAGAGGAUUUAAGUGUCUUUGCCCCAGACAGUACACAGGUGCGUAAGCCGUUACCGUGGUUUUUCCCGCCUGGGUUUUUGACGCGCGGUAACAAAUCCUGCCAGACGUAGAGUAGACUACGACUUUCGUCAGGGAUAGUAGAGCGAGCGAAACGCGAGCGCGCGUUAAAUCACCCCACGCGAGAAAGGCGAGACGCGGCGGGGAGAGAGAAAAAUGUCGUCGGAUCGUAAGGUCCCUAAUGUGCUGUUGUUGGAACACUGAAAUGGCCUGUUACUCUGAAGUAUUUAAACAUCACUGUCACUAAAUCAAAACUGCUCUGAAUAUUUUUUUUAGGUGAAUAUUGUGAGGUUCUAAAAGAGACUCCGUGUCAAGAUGGAUUGUUUGGGGACCCGAAUAUUGGAAUCUGUGGACCAUGUAUGUGUGAUGUUGGAAUGAACCUUAGCCCAGUAUGUAACAAGACAACUGGAGAAUGUUACUGCAAGGUAAGUACCGUAAGCUCCGACGCUGUGUGACGCCGAAAUAAUAAUUCCAACUUUCUCUUGCGCGCAUUGUAUGUACUUAUAUGCAGAAACCGCUAAAAAUAUAUUAUACAGCUGUUUCGAGAAAGGUUAUCGGAAAAAGUGCACGCGACAAUCCCGAAAGGUAUUGUGGGUGGUUUAGAGUUCACUGUUCUUCAAAGAAAUUUGGAAAAAUGGCACGAGAGGCCAUGGACUUAUGUUUGAAAGUGCUAAAGGAAAGCAACAAAACUAAGUUCGACAGCUACAGUGUCAGGAACAGUGUAUUGAUCAUAUCCCAUAUUACCUUUCGGGAUUGUCGCGUGCACAUUUUUCUCCGACAACCUUUCUGGAAAUAGCUGUAUACAGUUGAACCACUUCUUCGGGAAAACCUUCGCAACACGGACACUUUUCUUUCACAAACAGUUCCACUGAUCCUGAGGAUGCAAAACUUCAGUCAUACCUGAAAAUAGCCAGUUGAGAUCUUUGUCGAGGACGGAGAAUAGCCACCCUAUAAACCUCGGUUAUUUUCAUUUAAAGAGGUUAAGCUCUCCCCCGAUCGCAAAAUGUUAAAGCUUCUAACUUUUGUUAACUUGUUUGCGCUCAGUCACCACGACAUUCUCCGUAAAACCGCGUAGUAGAAUGACGACGGCUAUUACUUUUUCCCGCCAAAAUGUCGCUGGUUCACGCGCGCGCCCUACCUAGUAUUAAGAAAAUCUAAUUCUCGUAGUCGUCCUCGGUUUAAAAUCGAAGGGUCUCUAAUAAAAGAAGAAAUAUCGUCCCAAAACAGCCCCACAAUGCAUUUCGACACAACACCAACCCAAUGUCGCGCCGCGCGCAACCGUAGUCUGACAGUACAAUUUUACAAUGCUGUCUUCAUUGAAUACUGACUUCCACCAACGUGUUUUUUUUUUUAGCCAAAACACUAUCGCAAGUUUUUAAGCUACAUCUAUUCAUUGAGCGAGAAGAAGACGCCUGUUUACAGCGAUGAAUGUUAUAAGUGUGACUGUGAAGAUAUUGGUAGCACAGGAGAGGUCUGUGCAGUAAAGAAUGGACAGUGUCCUUGUCAAAAGGGUAAAGGUGGAGCUAAAGAUGUGGUCGGACGGCGAUGUGAUACUUGUCAAGAUAGACAAGGUGAAAUCAUCAGGGCAAGAGGAUGUGUGGGUAAGUGCGCUUAGGGCUCUGAGAGAGGCUCUUUGAGCCUUUUAAAGCGAAAGUAAAUUAAAAAAAACAAAUUAAAAAAACGAUAACGUGAGACAGUGUUUUGCAGCAAAACGAACAAGUGCCUCGAAAUGCUUUUGAUUCAAUGGAACAACACCGAAAUGGAAGGAGUUAAGAUAACGAGGAUCACCCCUCGAACUUGAAAAUUGCAGAUAUCCUUUUUAAGACGCCGAAACCGUAACAUCUCGUGGAAUUACAUUGUUAUGAAUCCCCCAAGUUCUGUCUUUUUAGUACGUAUUGCAAAUCCCCUGAAAGUAGACUGAAUCCCCUGGAGUUAGAAGGCUCAUUUCUUAAGACAGUCCAUGUUAUGUUUUAGUUAUAAACACUUCCUGCCCAAGAGCGUUUGCUGAGGACAUAUGGUGGCGGAAAGCUGAUUUUGGUAAAUUAUCUGAAGAAAACUGUCCGUUUGGAUCUACAGGUAAUUAUGUUAUUUUUUUUCGUUUAGAAAAGGUACUCAGAAUAUACUUAGAAUUGAAACGCUAUGCUGUGAAAAUGUGCGGACUGCCUUCUUUGGAUAUUUAAUCAAUCAACAGGUGACACAAGUGGCCUGAACUGGCAAAAUUGCCUCAGUUUGAACGAACUUGUCGCGUGGUUGUUGUGUAAAACCGUCUGAUACAGCAGGGCGUAUGGGGGAAGGGGGUGGGGGAAUGGGGCGAUCCCUUUGGUGUGGUCGGGAAAGGGACGUAUACGGGGCAACGUGAUUUUUGGCAGCUGUUAACAGAGCUGAGCUCUUAAAGUGCCACCUCUACUUUUAGUGAAGCUGUGAAGCUUGGAAAAGAUUAAAUUAUUAUGUUUUGUAUAACUGAUUUAUUCUGCAUGCUUCUGACUAAGAUAUGAAUGUUUUUUUUAGGCAAAGCUUCUCGCUUUUGUGAUAAGGAUGACGGAUGGCAGAAACCAAGCUUAUUAGACUGUGUUUCCAACUCAUUCUUGGCGUUACAGAAGCAGGUGAACGAAAUGAAUUACUGUGCUAAGACAUUUUCUCAUCGUUAAAAUGCUGUAAAUCGAGUCUCGAAAGUAACCUAUAGCCCCUUUAGUGAUUCUUCUUUUGAAAUUUGCCACUUAAGUUAGAGAAGGAGAACUGGGGCCGAAAUGCGGCCCGCCGUCGUUUCUGGGAACGCGCCCGUCAGCUAUUGGCUAAUUUUUUUCCCUGUCCCUAGUAACAAUCCCAGUAAUCUUAGCGAAAGUUAGCUCGCCCCAGUUUUUAUCUCGUUAUUUAAGUGGCAGAUUGAACCGAUUCGCUUUAAUCCAUAAGCAAAUUGAACUCCUUUCCCCUCAUGAAUGUUUUAAUUCCCCGAAGAAGCCCUGCGAGUAGAGGCUACUUUUUCACGAUGCGUUUCUUUUCGCGCGUCAGUAAAACCUUUUCCUAGUCCUAUUGUCUUCUAAAUUAACCUUGCUCAAUUGAGUUUACACAAUGUUUUUCUCUUUCUCUUUAGUUGGCAAACUUGACAUCUGGCCUUGUGAAUUGGGAUACAGAUUUUGCCCUUGGCGUAGCCAACAGAAUAGAACUCGCAAUAACACUGUCACCGCGGUUAUAUGCCAAAGACGUUGAAAUCGCCCUCAAGAUUAUAACAACCCUGUUUGAUUAUGAGAGUCAGCAGAAUUCCAGCACGCUUGUAUCCGCAAGGACAAAUGAGUUUGCUAAGGUACACGGCAAUCAUUUUUAUCAACCUGCUUAUUCUCUUUACAGUUCUCUAGUCGUUUCUUAUCAUGCAGGUAGGGAGAAUCUGACAAUUUGAGGUGUAGGCGUUUUACCAAAUCAUUGUCAUCAGUUGCUUCAACCAUUAAUUUCCGAGAGUGACGAAAAUCAAUUUUCUCCUAACGAUAUCAAUUUAUAAUCAAGACAAAUGUUGUGAGAAUAUAUAAAGUAAUCACUUCAUGGAAAACGCUUUGAUCUUCAAACAAAUUCUCCCAACUAAUUUAUUAAGGAAAUGUAUGGAGAUCAGUGUUGAGAAUUUGUAUUUGGAUAUUGGGGCUUAAAGACUUAGGCACCUCAGUAUUGGUACUAGGCUGUUCCAAAGGGGGACCGCACCCUCUCUCCCCCUUUUAAUCUGUCAAUGAUAACUCCGUAUUUGAUUUGUAUUCACAGGUCCUGCUUCAGUCUACCAGUAUGCUUUUCAGUUCUGAUAACAAGGAUGUGUGGGAUUAUGUGCAACAGGUAAAUGGAUUUCAGGAAAAACCAUUCUUUUGUAGAACUGUUUUCCAGUAAGGCCAGGGAGGAUUUGGUUUUCAAAAAUAGGAAGGGUGAAGGAAAGUAUGUUGCAGUUUAUGUAAAGCACGUCGUUUAUUACCUGUGAGAGGGGGGGGGGGGUGGUUGCGGCCAUUUUGGGAAAGGUUAGAAGAUUUUCAAACGGACCCCCCCCCAACUUCGUCCAAGCUUUUUUUUAGAAUUGAUCCUCCCGUAAAUUUUACAGGUUGUGAAAUUGCCCCCCACCCGAUUGAUGUGAAGACUACGAAUUUUCCAGCUACAAAUCGUGCCAAAGUUCACCAUUUAAUUCAAUUCCAAUUGACGUUCGUUACUGCUUUGUACUUCUUGCAUUGACCUCCCCCCCGGUAAUGAUCCCUUAUCUGAAAAUGACCCCCAAAACCAAUAAAUAUUUUGAAAGUGAUCCCCCCGAUAAAUCCCCCCCUCCCCCCUCACAAGUAAUAAACGACCAGACCCUAAAUACGCAUUAUUAUUUUCAUGUCAGCAAAUAACACUGUUAGCUAGAAAGAUCUUUCAGUUGUUUUUAGUAGGCAUUGCUCUUGUUUAUUUAAGUGACCGCGGAAUUGAACGAGCGUAGAGGUUUUGUUUUUUUAACUUAACAGUAUGUUUCCAAUUUUUUUUUCCCUCAGCAUUCUGCAGGGACGGCUGCUCUUCUUCAGCAGAUGGAAAACUUCAGUGGUAACCUCGCAAGUAGCCUUCCUUACCUCAAGAGAAAAUCACAUCGAGCCAGACGCGAUACAGACAAAGUUAUCCUUCCCUACACGAUACUCACUCCAAACAUUGGUAAAGAACAUGUUGAUAAAUAAAGCGUUCUAUUGAGUUGCUAUUCAAACUUGUUCAUGGAAAAGCAGAACAAAAUGAAGAAUUAUUUAUCUGAAGUAAAUUCUGAUUCAGGCUCAAGAAAACUCUGAGGAGAGCUGGGAAAUGAUUCUGAAACGAUUCUGAGCAUUUUGAAAAGUAUUUUGUUAGAUUUUUUUUAAAUUCUGUGGACUUUCGUUGCUGAUCGUUACAUCCUCAAGCCCCAGUGUGAAACGUUUCACAUUGCACGGAAGUGUAAGACUUAAUUCUUAUCCUUAGCCCAUUUCUCGUUUGUAUGGCCUGCUAGAAACGAGAAGAGGAAACGAAAGAGAGCAACUUUUCGCUCCCUUUUUUUCGGGCUCUCUCUCCCCUGUUGAGAAAAUCAAUUAAAAAUAGCCUGUCCUGUUAUUUGUUUUCUAGUUAUGGAACUGCAUCCAGUGUUUGUAAAUGGUUUUGAAGGAUUUUCAUACCCAUCAAAAACUGACCUUUAUAGCGAUGGACAGUACAAAAUCUGGCGAAAUAUCUCCAGCAGGGUCGACAUCCCCAAGACGUUCUUCAAAGGUAUGAAAGGUGAGACAGAGUUAUCGAUCCUAAAGAUCUCUUUAACCGUUAAUCAAACUGAAACUCAGGAGAUCUUGUUCAUUGCAUUGUUAUAUUCGAAUCUAAAUAUCUCAUUAUUAUCCUCAGGAGUAAUCUUGAGAAACAAUUCACAAAAAAUGUAACAAGGGUAAGGGAUUCUUUGAAGUAAGCGAAGAACAGAUUAUGAAUCUUAGGGCUAGGCUUGGUAUGCAGGGCUUCAAAGCAGUUAAGAGUGAUAGAAGUAAUAUGUCUUCGUUCUCAACCAGGAGUUUAAUAUGGCUGGUAUCAGGGAAGUUGUGAGGGGUAGAAGUAAUAUGAUAACUUUCUUUUCACCCAGUCGUUUCGUAUGGCGAGUUUCACAGAUGUUUUUAGGGAAGAGGUAAUAUGAUAUAUUUCUUUUUACCCAGGAAUAGACAACGAUUUAGGAAUUGGUUUUAUGAUAAUACGAAACAUCGGAGACUUACUUCCCAAGUCAUUCGACGCUAAAAUAAGGUGAGUAACUGAUAUUUCCCCUUAAUUUGUACUCAGGUACCCGCUUUUCCCCUGAACGUUUAGACAAAAUGGCCUCGAAACUGUAGCGAACGAGUAGUUACUCAGCUUGUUGUAAAACGUAGCAAGUCAGCCUAUGAGGAACCUCUUUAUUUGGAUUUUCAAGAGUGAGAUUCAACAUGGUGCGAUUUGCGAGAGUGAAGAGAAGCAAGCCGCGAGUUUUUCCCCACUUCAGAAACUUUAGAUAGAAUGGGUACAAAAUUUGUGUGCAGUGAUUUCUGGGAUAGUUUGGGUGGCCAAGCGUUAGCUAUAACUUGUCAGUGGUAUCCAAGGCAACCAUUAACCAAUCAUAAGUAAUGCUUGUCCACCCAAACGAUCCCAGGAAUCGUUGCGCCGAACGCUUGUACCCAUUCCCCUCAUAGUUUCUGAGGUGAGAAAUUGGAGAGAGGCUGGAGUCCACCAGCCUUCCGCCCGGGCGUUUUUAGUGGAGUAGUUUGCGGGCGUGAGAGGCAAGGAGUCCACAAACAGACAGAUAGAACAACAGACUGACUGUCAGCAGACAUGCAGAUGGUAGUUGAACUACCUUACUUAUGUCUAUAAGGGGCUAAACGAUCCUGAAAUUGUGAAAAGCCGUUUGCUAAUCUAUUGUCGCAUUGGUAUCUUCUCAGGGACACAAAGUACAAUGUAGAAGUCACCUCUGAUGUGAUAACUGUUAAUCUUCCGGAAAUGGAGAGUAUGUCUCUCAACGACCCAGUUCAAAUCUUCUUCGCUAACCGUCUGGUACGUAUUGUGGCUCUGCCGAUUAAAUUUUUGUUUUCAGUGCUAAAGAGAUGUGUCUUUUGGACGGACACCAUUGCAACUGGCACAGUGUACGGUUAAGUGAGGUGUGCAGUUGUUCGUCUAAUAGGCAGUGAAGGAAAAAGAAGGACGAUUGGGGGAGUUUAACUCUAGGUGUCCGUUGCGAGAGAGAUGACUGUGUCGUGGAACUUAACCCCGUAAGCAUCAAUAUCUACAUACAAAUUCUCCCGACUGAUCUACAUACAUUUCCUUGUAGAAUGUAGUUGAGAGAAUUUGAUAAAAACUCAAAGAACUUUGUUAGGAGAAAAUUGAUGUUGUUAGGGUAAAUUGCCGUUGCAUAAGGCAGUUGUUUAAGCAAUUUCAUAGCCGUAAGGAAGCUCUUAUCUUUUAAAUAUCGCGAAGCUGAUAGCUCUAUAUAAUAGCACUUAGCCUGUUCCAUGCGUACAGAUAGUGGAGUCGGGGCUUUCUCUCCCCCCUAUCCUCCCACCCUCCUAGCUUACGUGAACUCCCGGAGCAGGAUAAAUAGCACUGUCCAAUGCAGUGUUUUCAUAAACUAUUAAGGUUGCGACAUGACACACUGUUAGCGAUAAACCAAUCCUCCAAGCUUACCGACUCUUCUUCAUUCUAGGUCAAUCGUUCGUCGUAUAUUUGCGUUCAUUGGAACUAUUCAGUACCGUAAGUAUAAAUAUACCAAACCAAACACAGUUACUAUUUUACGAAAGUGAGAUCGCCCCAUAUAUUGUCAAUAGACUUAAAAGUUAGAGCCCUAUAUCGUGUGGUGUUGCGCGGCAUGUCUUGACGUUUGUAGUGAAACUGGGUGGUUUCACAUUGACGAAGUAAAUAUAUUUUUAUGGGAUCACGGGGGGCGAUCCCGCACCUGUUUGAAAGAUUGUUUGUGAUUAGCGGGGAAAACAAUAGGGAUUGUCACAUAACAAUGCCCCUAUCCCUGAGAACAAUGGAAGUGCAGAUUAAAGGGGGCCAAUAAGAGAUUUAGAACGGUACAGGUCUGCUGAUCCUGGGUUCAUGGGUGUUAGCUACGCUGAGAUGAUGAAGUCCAACAGGGUUGAAACAGCUGCCAACGCAUGUCAACAUUUUGACUCACUAUGUUCUUGUAGAAGAUGGGGCGCGCAUGCGUAGUCCACUGACUUUGUCUUAUAUUGUUUGUUACAGGAAUACGAGGGGAGGCGGAUGGUCACGUGAUGGCUGUGAGUUGAAGUCGUCCAACAUCAGCCAUACGGUGUGCGCAUGUAAACACAUGACAGCUUUUGCAGUGCUAUCGGAUUUGAACCUCCAGGUAAGACCGCAGUAGUUGGUAAUGACUGAUUAAAGCUUCUUUUUAACUCUCCGAAGUCAGAUGUCUUACUAUUCUGGGUUGAAAGACGCGCUGGUAACGUUAUGCCCCUAUCACUUUACGUUCUAUCCACGUUCAAUAGUAGACAACAUUGUGCUUGUGGACUUUUGGCGCGAAACAGUUCUGCUGGUUGUCCUGUGACCAUAUACAAGUUACUAAUAGCGCGGGAUAUGCUGGGAACAGUUCACUUAAUAAAGAAACCUUCAUGUCGUGCCUGUGAUGUUAAAAUGCUUCAUUUUAUUACAGUAUCCCGAAGAGGCGGCCUUUGCCAUGCAGUUGGUGACUUACGUUGGGAUCUCUGUGUCACUGUUCCUGUUACUCGUCGCUUUUAUUCUCUUCAUUCUAAUAAGGUAAGUUUCGUAGAGCCACCGCCCUGGACAACAGAAAGUUUGAGCUGUAGUUACGCAAGUUCAAUAGUAGAGGGCUAUGAAAAGCGCUUGUGCAACUUUAAAUGUGCCUGUGCACUCUGAAGUCGUUUUGAAUCCGCUGGUUUCGCUACAAAGUCGUUUCACUGCAAAAUGAAGUCGAUUCGCUGUAUCAUGUCCGGGUGGCGCUGAAAUUGUCUUUUUGUACAUGAAACCGUUUAAAAGACACUUAAAUUAACUACAAACGGAUAAUACUAACGAGUUAAUUACCAUUUCACUGAGUUAAUCAUCGAAAUUAAAUGAACACCAGCAAACUUUGGAGCAGUUUUCAACUUCGUGAUGCAGCGAAAACGAGUUUAUAACUUCGCCGCGAAUCGACUUCAUUAUGCAGCCAAACGACUUUGUAGCGAAACGACCGGACACCAGAUAACUACGUGGAGUAAAAGACCUUAUCAGGAAGCCGGCUUGUGUAAAUUAAAUUGAUAAUUGUAACUUCGGAGAACUAACAUAGCUGACUCAUCGCGAUUGUUACUUUACAGGAAACUAAAGAGCAACUCCGUCACAAUUCACAAGAACUUGAUCGUCGCUGUUUUCAUUGCUGAGCUAACCUUCCUCGUAGGAAUUAACAGAACUGCAGAUCAGGUAUUUUUAUUUAUUUUAUUGUUAGAAGCCAAAAACCUUAAAGGAAAACGAAUAUUUUCUCGAUGCUCUCUCGUUGCGUGCCUAAACCAUUUCACUGUUAAGCCUGGGUUUCACUAGCGCAUAAGCGUAAGCAUACGGACAUACGCACACCCAGAAUGGCAUAUUUGACUCAAUUCUCGAUACCAGCUCUCCUCAACCCGAUGAUAAACAAGAUGGCGGACACUUCGUUCGUCAUAUUGCUUUUGAUACGUUCGCAUGUGGCCUGGGUCAAAGUGACCUAUGAUUGGUCCACGGCCUUGUCCUUAUGCUUGUGCUUAUGUCGACCCCGUUUUCACUAGUCAAAGUUACGACAUAGGCAUAAGCACAAGAAAAACGGACAAGUUCGUUCUUCUUGUGCUUAUGCUUAUGUCGACCCAGUUUUCACUUGCGUACACAUGUUGUUGUGCUUAAUAUGCUUAUGCUUAUACGCUAGACCAUAUUACAGUGAAAUUAUUUGUCGCUGUAACUUUUAAAUCUGUGGACAAACCCAUGUGGUGUUACCAUUCAGAUGAAUCUUCUUUGACAGGACUUUUGCACGCUGCAGUUCCUGAUGUUGAAGGGUUAAUGGCUGUGAAUAAAUGUAUGUCAGAUAUCCCACGUCGGCCUGGACAUUCUGGUCUGGCAUCUGUCAUUGAGUUCCUUUCACACCCAAAUUUUGUUGUCAACGACAUACUUGACACUCGAAAUAGUUUGUGAAUCAGCCACAAAAGAAAAAGGUACCACGAGAUCUCGUCAGAAUGAAUUGUGGUCAAAACAAUAAACUUUUUGUGCAUUUUGUCUGUCGCAGAGAAUCUGUAAGCUGGUCGCCAUAUGUCUUCACUAUUUCUUCUGUGCCUCGUUUUCGUGGAUGUUUGUGGAAGGACUGCACAUGUAUCGCAGACUCAGAGAGAAGCGGAAUAUAGACACUGGCAAAAUGUCGUUCUAUUACUUCAUGGGGUGGGGUAAGUGACAUCAGUUAAACUGUGUUGAGUAAGGUUAUACCUGUUGACUUGGAGUAUAGGAGGUAAGUCAGAAUGAGAGUAAUACUUUUGCAGGUGAGGUACGCCAGUUUCCUUAUGCUUAAUACGUGGCGGUGAUGUGGUGGUGGUGGAAAUGUUGUGGAAAUGUUCAAACAGAACACGAAUUCUAAACGCUGGUUAUUUUUAUGUUCCAGGAUGUCCGGCAAUCGUUAUUGGAAUUUCUGCCGGUCUAGCGAGCGAAGGAUAUGGCAAUGAGAAAUUGUAAGUUUAAACAAGGGUUAUACCUUCUCGUUCUGUUAUUUUGUUAUUUUUUUGUGAAUGUUAUUUCACGCGCAAAACAGUCUUUACUUGAUCCUGUGCUGGGGAGCUUGCAUUGCUUAUAAAUUCCAAAAUUAUCGUUAGUUUUUUAAUCAUUAGCCUUUAUCAGAUAUUUUGUCUCCUGCUUGAUGUUGAUGUUAAACAAUUUUGAGAACAAUUCGCGAAACGCAGUUCGGAGAGCGGGGGCCUAUCGUUAAUCCCACAAGAUGUCUAAAUUUAACCUGUGUGGUUAUGUGUUUCAGCUGCUGGAUGUCAACUGAUGGAACACUUAUCUGGACGUUCACAAUUCCGAUCAUCAUCGUCGUUGCAGUAAGUUGGCAUCAAAAUUGUUUCUCUUAACCUUUUAAACCCCAUAAGUAAUGGACAUGUAAAUUAUCCUUAUAAUGUACAAUAAAUUAACAAUAGGUAAAUGUAAAAGCCAGAGGAUCCUGCUUCGAUACAACCGCAAAUUCUCUUAACUAACGUACAAUAAACUGUAUAGCAACCAGAAAGGAGAAUUUCUUAUCAGAUCUUGGGGGUCGCACGGUUUAACAGGCCAUUUGACAGCCGUGUACUUUAUUGUUGCAGCUUAACACGCUUGUGUUCAUCAUGGCUCUGUGUAUCUCACUCCAAAAGCAGUCCAGGAAAAGACGCCGCCGUCACCACCAUCACCACGACAACGAGCACCCCAACCUUAAGUAAGUAAACUCAUUGAUGGAAAGCGUUAAGUUUUCCACACGUUUCUGUUGACCAUUUAAUAUUAAUACUUGUUAUUCCUUUAGCGCUGGUUUGCGUGCGACCGCCGGGCUUCUUCCGCUUAUUGGUGUUUCUUUUGCGUUGGGGCUGUUGUUGGUUAACCAAGAACUGGCCAUGUUCCAUUACAUCUUUGCAGGCUUCACCUUUUCCCAGGUAAGCGGGCUACCUGUUUACCUCUCUUCCCCUUUCACUUCCAUGGGGGUGCAAGACAAAUGCCAGAAAACUUCUAAAUUUCUUCUUGUAAAAUGCUGAAAAGAAAUAUAGCAUCACUCUACCGUACUCAGCUUGAAAAUUCCAUUUCAAAGGUCACACUGUAAGUUUUUGAUCACAGACUCAAAACUUAGAACUCCUUUUUACAGCAUAAUGAACUCUUCACUAGGAAAGAACUGCUCAGUAGCUUUCAUUUGAAUGGUCACACUUUAGGAUUUCAUCCACAGACUCAAAAGUUAGAACCACUGUUGAAAGCAUAAUAAACCUUUCCACAGGAAAAUACUGCUAAGUAGCCUUUAUUUGAAUGGUACAAAGUCAUUUACCUAACUAUAGAUUUACUGUGUUAUUUUGUUUACUAUGGAACGAUCAAUUCAGUGUUUUAAAUGCGAUGCUACAACUAUCUUGUAAAAUGUUUUUGUUUAUCCUUUCGCAGGGAUUGUUUAUAUUCUUAUUUUAUCUUUUGCUGGAUAAGACGGUAAGUAAUUUACCUCAUUUCUAUGGGCGAUCACCGUUAUUGAAUUAUUUUUAUUGUUUUAAAUUAACGAAAUGUGUUGAGUUUUGUCCGUCUGGUAUAAUCAUUUAGGUAAGAAAAGAAUUCAAGAACGUGUACAUGCGAUGGAAGACUGGUGACAAGACAUACGGAUUGCAGAAACCGACGCAACACUUUGUAAGUCAAAAGCGUUUUGUGAUAACUAUUCCGUUUUCAACAGCCCCUGCUGGUCUUAGCCGCUUGGAAAGACUGGUUUUACUCGCGUGUCUUCUUGUUUCGUCAAAUCAAAACCAAAGGAAUCAUUCUGACCAAUCACAUCAGGCCCUGACAAUCCAGUUAACCAAUCAGAGCUCGUCGCAAAGCAUGUAACAGGCACGAAGGGUGACGAGACAGUGGAACUUUCGGUGUUGCUUUUCUUGUGCCGGAUUUAGUUAAAAAGUGGCGCGAAAUUCAGUUGUAGCCAUUCCCAGAGACCGUGGCUAUGUAAGCGUGCGUGCUCAUGAAAUUUUCUAAAAUUUAAAAUCUGCCCUAAGAUGAACAGAUCAUCUUGUUUAAGUAAAGGAGGCUGGGUAGCUUUUAAUGUCGUUCUUUAUCUUAAAAGUUCACUGGUUCGUCUUUCUUUUGGUAGAAACGCUCGUACCAUCCUGGAGAAAUGGCGCCACUUCGGACGCCGUACGAUUUUGACGACGAGGGCAACGCCACCAGCACAUCUACCACGGAGCCGUCGAGUAGCGGAUUCCGCAGUAGCAUCACAAGUCGUUAUACGACUGAAGACGGAACAGAUACUUUGGGAGAUGAAGAUACCAGCGUCCCAGGUAGAUUCGUCCGUCUCCGACUUUAGGGAGCUUAAGAAACCACCACGACUACAAGGACAACACGCUUUUUGGUACAUUUCUUUGAAGUCCACUGGACUGCUACGACGUCGCACCUCCUAAUGUUACGUUUUAUGGCGGAGUUGAAAAUACGACGAAUAAUUUUCUUUUGUCUUUUUGAACCUAGAUGAAGUCCUUAAGAAUUUAACUCCAGGAAAAAUCGCGUACAAUUGACAAGUUGAGCAGGCCCAAAUAGACGCGAAGAAGUUUCAAACGAUGCAAACCUCUUUCUUUUAGCGACGUUUUCAAUGCUAUCGUAAUCGUCUUCGUUGUAUAAGCUCCCUAAUAACAUUGAAAUCACUCACCGAAAUGUAAAUUUUCUCGCAGCCGCCUCCUGUAGACUGAUUCCUACAGUUAAUUUUGCAUUUCUCCUUAGAUAUCAACCUAAUUUAGUUUUCCUCCCACUCCCUCAAUACCCCAUCAUUUGUUUCGCCUUUGCACAAAUUUCCCACUAAGGAAUUUGAGCAUUCCUUACUUCAGCAACUCUAGGGAGGACGGUUACAAGCUGUGGGAGAAGUGAUCUCUGGGAUCAUUUCGGUGGACAAGCGUUUGUUAUGAUUGGUCGAUGGUAUCCAAGACAACCGUUAACCAAUCAGAGGUAAUGCUUGCCCACCCAAACGAUUCCAGAAGUCUUUGCGCAGAAAGCUUGUACCCAUUCCCCUUAUAGUCCCCGUAGUUUCAUAACGCUGGUAUCACUGUUUUUAUUUUUAGAUGGUGAAGUUGUAAAAAAGAGUAAAUACCCAGAUAAUCCAGAACUGGGUAAGAAUUUUUUUCCUUUGUAUGUGUAAGCUAGCGUUUAUGUUUAAUUUAUUGACCGAUGGAACCGUAAUCUCCAUCACUGCUUUAAUUUGAAUUUUGAGUCAACCCGUCCGUAAUUGUAUUUGAUUGUUUUUUAGAAUUGGCAAGAAAAAUUUGGGAACAACCGGAUAAGUCAGGUAAUACAGCCACUGUUUUCGCCACUUUUGUAAAAUCAACAGAUCUUAAGAGCAUUUUUCUGAAGACGAUCAUUACUGUAACAGAUGCGUACAGAUUAAGGCUACAAAUAUUCUUAAGUUACGAGAAAAGUUUUGAAUUAACCUGAGAAAACAGCCGACGUUUGGCGACGCUACCACUGGUUUCCCGCGAAAUGAUGCCUGAGAAACGAGUGCAGAAAUUCCAUACUGAUGACGUGUCACUUUCUAGAUCUGGGUAGUGCUUCUGAUUGGCUGAAGCAAAUUUCCCUGGCGCCACUACCAAUCAAAAUUUCCACGCUCGUUCCUCAGAAUUCAUUUCGCGAGGAAAUACAUGUCGGCUGUUUUCUUAGGCUAGUUUUAAAAAUAGUCGAGAAUUGAUGUUUCAAAAUAGUUUUUGAUUUUUGAUUUUUUUGUUUGCUUGUUGUGUUACAGAGGCGAGCACGACUCAACCAGAAUCUUCGUCAGAAGAGGAAGAGGAACGGCCGUCUUCACGUGGUAUCGCGUCCGAUUCAUCUGAUUCCGAGGAUGAAAAUGGUACGUUCUUAGCUCUAUAUAUUCAACGUGGCAUAAAUGAUGAGAUCUUACACCCCACACGUUCCUAGCUUCACUACUUCAGCGUAAUCGUACAUGCAGACCACAUUAGCAGCAGGCCUUUCACUCCGUUUUCAAGGAGUAAUGGUUUCUAGUACUUUUUCAGCAUUGUUUCUACCGCAUACUGUUGAUUCGUGUCCCUAGGAAGUUUCCUGAUGCAUCAGCCUUCAGUAAGAUAUUAACGUUCUGUUGUUGUUCGUAUCUAUAGUCCCAAGUAAAAAUGGCUGGCCAAAAGACAAGACACCGAAAAAGAGGAAAAACAGAAAAGGUUAGGCUAUUCACAUUUUUCGCUACACUUCUUUAGUAGCAAACCCUUACGUAAAUAAUAAUAACACUUUAAUUUCAAAAGGGUGCGUAAUUACAAUUCAACUUUACUCUCCCUUAUGGCCCUAUAAAUCUGACAAUGAUGACUGGCAUCCUAUUGAAGCAAAGUAGGGAGCACAUGGACAAAGUUUUUGAACUUCGGCCUUUGUAAAGACGGUCAAAACUUAGAGAUUACUUCAGCUGUGGUAAUCGUUACUUCAGAGUUGUCUUGUUUUGACACUGCUGUGAUUUGUGAUUGGCUGCAAAAUUUCGUGCCCUCUAAAGCGAAUCAGAAGUUAAACUAGCCUGUUCCAAGCGUUCAGAUAGUGGAGAGCGGUGCGAAGUAAAGAUAGCGAUGAAAAGUAGAGGGGGACUGGGGAGAGAGGUGCGGGAACUCACCUUCCCCCGCCUCCCUCGCUUUUAUUUUUUCGCGCUCCUUUUUUCUUCGCACCGCUCCCCACUAUCUGAACGCCUGGAACAGGCUAAAGUUAAACCGAAAACGUACGUGACUUGAUCAUAGAAUUCUGAUUGUUUCAGGGAGUUGUCUGCGUCAGCUACAAAUAGCAAGAGUAAAAACUUCUUUAGACAUGAGCUAAAAUGGGAAGGGACUCUUUUUUUAGUCAGUAGGUUUUUAUGCUAACAUGAAGUAAUGUUAUUUGUAUUUACAGCUCCGUUUUACGCUUCAGACGGACCUAUGCACAGUACACCAAUGGGUACGUUUUUUUUUUCCUUUUUUUCUGUUUGAUAGCACUGGAACGGUUUACACUUAACAAAUUUCGUUCACAUACCUAAGUAACAACCGCCUUACGAAACACUACAAACAUGACUCAAGAUAGAGUCGGUGGAAUUAUCGAUGUUCCUAUUCUAUUUCACAGAAACCACUCCAGAAGAAGAACCUUCGAAAGAGGCCGAGGGAGAUUCGUCCUCCGAUACCGGAGAUGAAGAUAUUCCAACAGUGAUAACUAAAAAGGAACGUGCCUCAUUCAAAGCUGUACCGGAGAUCAUACAAGAUAAGGGUGUGUCCGGUUCCGCCGCAACUUCAGACACCGCUCCGUCUGCGGAAAGCACCUUGAAGAAACCUUUGAAGUCAGCGCUGAAGAAACCCAAGAAUCCCGUCCCUCCUCCUAUCGUGCUAGACGAUGAAGAUGGUGAAAAUACACCAGUUAGGUAUGGUUUGUUUUCUUUGUUUUUGUUUUGGGAGAUCGAGGUGUUUGCCGUAGAGUUUUUCCGUUGAUUAAGGGAAACCAUCGUCUGUUGCAGUGACGGAUCCAGGUAAGGGGCUCGGGGGUUCUUGACCUCACGCAGUUAGACAAUAUUAAAGGCAUAUAUUUUUACACGCAUUUUACUUCUAACGACAGUCCAACAGUAAAUAAAAAUUGACUAAAGUAAUAUAAUAGGGGCAAUGACUUCAAACUGGAAAAAGACGGAAAAUAGAGCAGUUGUUUUUGACAAAGAAGUGUUAUGUGAAAGGCACAGAUGACAACGCCUGUAAAAAGACAUUAAAAAAUGCAACCACUAAGAGGCGAUUAAGGAAAAAAAAAAUUUAUCUUAUAUAUUAUAAACAUACAAGGGUCAGUGAGCGACUCACCCCCUUAUUUUUAGACUAAACUGAGACCCGUAGGGCCGAUUUGUUUUUUUUAUGAGACCCGGGGCCCGUUUCUCGAAAGUCCCGAUAAUUAACGGGCCCGGUAAGCUGUCUCUGUUUACAUUUAAGAUUGAGGUUUCAAUAGUUUUGCAUCUAACACGAUAAAACUGUCAGUUAAUGAAACAAAAUGGAGUAGUUUGCUAGCCAGGACCCACGCUCUUAUUCUUCAUAUUUCGAUUUGAAUAUUUGAUUUCGGGUCCGUAAAGUUACCGGGACUUUCGAGGAACGGACCCCCGUCCCCCACUCCCCCAAUCUCAGGGUCUGAUGACCGUUUUUGUGUUGUCUUUGUUGGUUAAUUCUCAACAAACCCCAGCCCAACUUCUAUUCAGGGUACGCCUCUAUUCAAGGGACACUUUCCUCGGUCCCGAGAGUGUCCCCUGGGUAGAGGUUCCAUUGUAUCCUAUCAUUAUUUUCCUAUUGUAGCCCUUCCGAUCACCAUCACCGCCAUCAUAAAGACAAGCAUCGGCAUCGACACGAGAGACCCAGAUCCCGUGCUAGCUCUGCUUCAAGCGACCCGAAAGAUAAAAAACGACGGUUCCGAAGACGGGGCUCAAAGAAAAAAGAAACUUUGGUGCAGAUUGGCGGAGAGGAGUACCGAGUAACUGUGGGACAUCCAACCGAGUAA